AUGCUGUCCCUCUCCUGCAUCUCCGCCGCCGGCCUGGUGGCCGGCCCAGCGCGGUACGCCACCGCCCCUUCCCGCGCCUUCGUGCGUGCGGCUGUCGCUGUGGAGAACGCGGCACCGGCUGGCUUCUACUGGGGAUACGAUUCAUCCGACCCAGCCGCUGAGCUGGUCGAGCCUGAGCCCACUCCGCUUGACCGGCUCUCCUUUGGCCGGUUCGACGCCUCCAGCGACGCCAUCAGCAUAGAUGAAGUGCACACGGCGCAGGCCAACUGGGCGAGCGCCAUCAAAACCAUCUCGGCGGUGCACGCCGAGGGUGGCGAUUUUGUCGACAUGGCGGCCACCGCGGCGGGCGAGCUGUACGGCUAUGGCAAGACGAACGUGCUCUUCAAGCCGACCAAGGCGACGGAGCACCCCUUCCGCCCGACGGCGGAGGAGGCGAUGUCGUACUUUGUCGGCGCCGAGGCGAUGAAGAACGACGCCUUCAAGGGCGAGGACGCCGGCUUUGCGAUCAACGGCGGCCGCGGCUGGAAGGACGUCACCUUCCGCAACCACCAGGUCGAGCUCCUGGGCGACUCGGCCAUCGCGAUGGGCGACUACGUCUUCGUCGACGCCACCUCGGGCGACGAGGUGCGCGUCGAGUACACCUUUGGCUACCGCAAGAAUGAGGACGGCAAGUGCCGCAUCUUCUUGCACCACUCGUCGGUGCCGUACGCGGCGGGCCCGGCGGCGGGCCCGGCGGCGGUGACGGAGGCGGAGGUGCUGGCGGCGCAGAAGCUGUGGGCGGACUCGAUCGCCUCCAUCUCCAAGGUGUACGCCGAGAAGGGCGACUACGUCGCGGCGGCGGGCGAGGCGGCGGGCCAGCUGUACGGCUACGGCCACACCGACGUGCUCUUCAAGCCGACCAAGGCGACGGAGCACCCCUUCCGCCCGACGGCGGAGGAGGCGAUGUCGUACUUUGUCGGCGCCGAGGCGAUGAAGAAUGACGCCUUCAAGGGCGAGGACGCCGGCUUCGCGAUCAACGGCGGCCGCGGCUGGAAGGACGUGACGUUCCGCAACCACCAGAUCAAGUGCUACGGCGAGGUGGCGCACGCGAUGGGCGACUACGUCUUCGUCGACGCCACCUCGGGCGACAAGGUGCGCGUCGAGUACACCUUUGGCUACAAGCGGUGCGGCGACGGCAAGGUGCGCAUCUACCUCCACCACUCGUCGGUGCCGUACGCGGCGGCGCCGGCGGCGCCGGCCGCGGCGCCGGCGGUCGGCAAGGGCGAGGUGAAGCCCGCCGCCAAGGCGAAGAAGGCAAAGGCUGCUAAGGCUUAG